AUGCCUCAGUCUCCCAAUGUUGUCAACUUUGAUCCUUUUGCCCCUCUCCCGAGCCCACCAGCGCUCUUCUACCGCUCUGUUCCUGCUCCCUUCUCCGGACCAGACCUGGCACACCUGACGCAGAUGCGAACAUCUUGUGGAUUGUAUGCGGACCGAAUCCCACGAUGGAGUCAAGAGGUCGCACAAAACCAGCGUCGAAUGUACCUCAUUUAUUUCUCCGACCCGAUGUAUACGCCAAACGCCGUCCCCAUUGGCAUGAUCUCCCUCCUCUUGCACAAUACCGACGACCCCACACUUGCCGCCUUCAGCAUCACCGGACGUGUUGAAGUCAGCUCGCUCUUCGUGUACCAGGCAUAUCGUCAUCUCGGAGUCGGCUUGUCGGCCAUGAUGGAGAUGGAAAGACGUGCAGCAGAGAUUGGCGCACUCUUCAUCACCCUCAACACAAUGGCGACACCGAAGAAUAUUCAAAUAUACUCGCAGCUUGGAUACAGGGAAUUCAAGCCCCGUCUUGCGUCGGGAUACAGUGCCCAAGACGUGUUGGGUUCUGGUGUCGCCACUGUCGAGUCGGCUGCCUGCUUCUUCGAAAAGCCCCUCCGCCGUCUAUCACCAUAA